AUGCGUGACCUGGCCGGAAGCUCAGUUUCGGAAACAAUUUUAAAAAGCUGGUGGAUUGAAACAUUGCCUGUUACACUUCGAGCUUGCUUGAUAAUUGGUGAUGAAGAUUUAGACAUAUACGCCAAACGCGCCGAUACGAUCAUGGACUUUGUUGGAUCCACAUCCUCACAAGUCAUGGCAGUGAAAGCUGGUGCACCACAUAAAAAUGAACAAUUUGAGGAAAUCCUCAACAAUAUUAAAGCUUUGACACAGGCAGUUGCUAAUUUGGCAACCCAGUUGACCACCCCCGGUGAUCAUUCACGGUCACGAUCACGAAGUGGCAACAACCAAAAUGCACGUUCAAGCUCCGGCGACAACGGUAAUGCCAAACCGUUUUGUCGAUACCACUACAAGUUCGGUGGCGCAGCACUCAAAUGUGUUCCCCCGUGCAAAUUUAAUGAUAAAAGACGGGAAAACUAA